AUGAAGCGCUCCAUUGUGUCCAUCCCCUGGGAAAAGAGCGCCGCUGCCGCCGCAGCCGCCGCGCGUUCGGGCGAGGACGCGCGCUGGGAGGAGGCGGGCGUCCCGGACUUCUGUGCGCCCCAGCUGGGCGCCGAGGAAGCAUGGCAGGCCGGCCGCUUGGAGUGCGAGCGCGCCGCCUGCGCCGCCGCGCGGCUGCCGCUGCGGGAGACGCCGCUGGGCCACCUGCUGCUGGCAGAGCCAAUCGUUGUCGAGCAGCGGUGGGCGGCGGAAGCGGCGGCGCGGGCCGCCGCGUCCGCGGCCGCCGCGGCGCAGCAGCAGGAGCAGCAGCGGGAGCAGGAGCAGCAGCAGCAGCAGCGGGGUCUGACCGAGGGGCUGGGGGCAGCGGCAGCGGCAGCGGUGGCGGCGGCAGACAUGCGAGCACGACUCCGAGGGGGCUGA